AUGAAGCGGAGAGCGGUAGAAGAGAAGAACGGCAGGCCAGAGGCAGAACAGAUCCAAGAGCUUGAAGACCAGAUUGCUGAAUCCCGGAAAUAUUAUAAUAAUAUUGUGACUCUGCUCUCGAAGCUUGACGAUGUAGAUGCGGACAAACCUAGCAGGAAAGCCGUUGCGAUUUCCCUUUGCAGGGUCUUCUGUCGGUUGUUGGCUGGCGGGCAAUUGAAUAUGCCCCAGGGCGCAUCGGAGCAAGAAUCGAUACUGGUCGCCUGGUUGAAAGAAAGAUACCGGGAAUACAAGCAAUCUUUACUUACGAUCUUGAGGGGCGGAGAGCCUUCGCAGAAGAUUGCAACUCUCAGCUUGGCUAUGCAGUUGAUAAAAGAACAAAUUGCAUACUAUACGGGAUCGGAUAUUAAUGUAUGGACCGGUGGUUUCUUCGAUGAUAUACUGGCUGCCGUGAUCAACCCAGGCAAUGAUAAAGUCAGGGUGUAUUUCAUGGAGAACUUUUUCCAGAAGUACCAUGAUAUUACAGUCUACACCAUCCUGCGACUUGCCAUUGCAAUUAGAAACUACCUAUCCGAACAAAGAGACGCAGAAACACUGGACAACAUAGUUGACCUGCUCUCCAACCUUGGCCAGCCCACAAACCUCCAAGAGCGAUUCGAGAACAUAUACACCGACACCUCCAAGAUAAGCCAGAAGAACAAAGGCCCAUUCGUGUCCGAAAACUCCUUCAAAAUCCGCGUCCAAACCACCUGGCUAGCGGUGCUUCGUAACGAAAUGACCAAAUCCCAACGAAAACACCUUCUGCGCAUAAUGUCGCAUGUUGUCGUACCCUGGUUUGCAAAACCAGAGCUUCUCAUGGACUUUUUAACCGACUGCUACAACGAAGGAGGAUCAACCUCGCUCCUCGCUCUAUCAGGCCUCUUCUACCUGAUCCAAGAGAAGAACCUGGAUUACCCACAAUUCUACACUAAACUAUACUCCCUCUUAGACAGGGAUGUACUGCACUCCAAGCACCGGUCCCGGUUCUUCAGGCUGCUAGACACUUUCCUUGCUUCAUCGCAUCUGCCCGCCACGCUGGUAGCGAGCUUCAUCAAGCGUCUUUCACGACUGGCUCUCAACGCACCUCCAGCAGCGAUCGUGGUGAUCGUUCCUUGGAUAUAUAAUAUACUCAGAUCCCAUCCUACAUGUACGUUUAUGAUUCAUCGGGAUUUAAAGAAACAUGAUCCAUCGCUAUACAAGGAAAUAGAAGAGGAGGGUAUGGAUGAUCCGUUCGAUGCGUAUGAACCCAACCCUACCCUCACCAAUGCUAUAGAGAGCAGUCUGUGGGAGAUUGAGACCUUACAGUCUCAUUAUCAUCCUAAUACUGCGGCUUUGGCUAGGAUAAUUUCGGAACAAUUCACGAAACAGCAGUAUAAUGUUGAGGACUUUUUGGAUCUUUCUUACCAGGCUAUGUUGGAUACAGAGCUGGGUAAGGAGGAGAAGGUAUUCAAGAAAGCUCCCGUAGUGGAGUUUCAGAUCCCCAAAAGGAUAUUUACUGACCGUGGAUUGGAGGGGAGAGAGGAAGAUACAGAACCAGGGCAUUUGAUUCGACAGUUAUGGGAUUUUAGUUAG